AUGGAAAAUUCCACGGGCGCAGCCCCAGCGCAAGAGCGCACCCCAGGUCGGCGGCUGGCGGUUGCAAAGCGAGUGUUGAUGUUGAUGUUGAUUCUGCGGCAGUGGCUGCUGAUCGGGAUGGGCGUCGCGUGUGUCCUGGCCUACUUCUUCCCCAACGUCGCCAAACACGGCGGCAUCAUCAAGUCCGAGUAUUCGGUCAUGUACGGCGUGAUUGCCAUCAUCUUCCUGGUCUCGGGUCUGAGUAUCCCCCGCCAAAAGCUGUUUACGCAGUUCCUGAACUGGCGACUGCACCUGGUCGUCCAGAUCAUCUCAUUCCUCUUUAUCCCGUCAUUGGUCCUGGCGGUGGUGCAUAUCAUCUUGGCUGGGGACCCAAGCGGCCAUAUUGAUCGUGCUGUUUUGGCCGGGUAUAUAUUCACGGCGUGUAUACCCACGACAAUCGCGUCGAAUGUGGUCAUGACGAGGGCCGCUGGUGGCGACGACGCCGCAGCCUUGGUCGAGGUCCUCCUGGCCAAUAUCCUGGGUCCAUUCGUCACAGCUGCAUGGACCGUCGCUCUCAUCCCAAACACGGCGGAGUUCGACGUUUGGCGGUAUGGGGGUGGCAGUUUAGGCAGCAUGUACAAGGACGUUUUUCAGCAGUUGGGGCUGAGUGUGCUGUUGCCUCUAUUUGUAGGCCAGCUAGUACGCUGGACGUGGCCGGAACGCACGGCGUCGGUGGUUCAGAAAACGAAGUUGCCCAAGCUGGCGUCGGCCUGUAUGCUUCUGCUAAUUUGGACUACAUUCUCUUCAUGCUUUGCCACGGGAGCACUGCAGACCCUCUCUGUCCAGAGCGUGAUAUUUGUCGUGUUUUUCAACAUCGGCCUCUAUAUCGUCCUCACUGCAGUCUGCUUCUUUACCUCACGACCACCACUGUUUUUCUCUUCACGAGGCUGGUCCAUAUCCAUAUUCAAACGUAUGUCUCCCGAGGAGACAAUCGCUGUGUGCUUUUGCGGUCCCGCGAAAAGCACUGCACUGGGCAUUCCACUGUUGUAUGCCAUGUGGGCCCCUGUUGACCUUUUCAUCAAGGCAAAAACAUCGGUUCCGGUACUACUUUAUACGACCGAGCAGAUCUGUGUAGCCCACUUUUUUGUCCAGCUCUUCCGACAGUGGCAUGCUCGUAUUGCGGAGAAAGGGGAUGUUGAGCAAGGUCCUUCACACGAGGCUGAGCCGGAGAUGGUACAGACACUGGCUGAGAGUCAUGGUGUCUUGGGCAGAGAUGAAGAGAGGAACAACUGA